AUGAGUACCUUAGGGCCAUCUUCAAUUUUUCAAGUAUGGUUCAAUUUACAUAAACUUGUGAAUAACACUGAAUCAGGGGAACUCGCUCAUGACUGGGCCGAAAUGAUCCAGGAGUGCCUUAUCAACAUCCUCACGUGCCUCUCUUUGAAGGACCGAUGGCUAGGAGCCAUGCGUGUGUGCAAGGCAAGGCUGCAGGCAUGCAAAGUUCCGCACCUCCACUCAGUGUUUGACCUCGAGACUAAAUUCGACUCGGCCACUGAGUUUUCCCUAUUUUGGACCCCCAAGUUCGAGAGCAAGAUUGAUAACAUGAUAAUAUCAGUCGUUCUACACCAGUAUGUUUUGGAAGUCACUUGUCAGUUGCCAAAAAAGGAUAAAGAUCUGGGGCUGUACUUCCGUUUUAGGGGUUCUGGGUCUGUCAGGUUGGGGCAUGACAAACCUCACACCAAUCCAGUAAUGGUGUUCUUUUGA